AGUGAUGCGAAAGCGGAACAACUCGCUGACUGCGGAGCAGGACAGCGGAACCGGCUCUCUGCUGGACAGCGACCCGGACCUGAAGCAGCGUCCCGGCGGCGGAGCGGCGGGGCCCGCAGCGAGCGGCCGGCAGGGCCCGGAGGGCGAGCGGAGCAUGGGGAAACCGUUCCGGAGGCUGAGUCUGGUGCUGAAGCUCAGGAGGAUCCUGAUGUGGCUGCUGCUCGUCUACGUCUCCGUCCCCGUCAUCAUCAAGCUGUGUCCGUCCAUCCAGGCCAAACUCGUCUUCCUCAACUUCGUCCGGAUGCCGUAUUUCAUCGACCUGCAGAAACCUGCUGACCAGGGAUUGAACCACACUCACAACCUCUACCUGCAGCCGGAGAGCGGCCUGAGAUUGGCUGUGAGGGCUGAUGACUCUCUGCCUGUCUUCCUUCAGGUCCUCAGUUCGUUGGGCUACCAUGUGGUGACCUUUGAUUACAGAGGUUGGGGAGACUCAGACGGAUCUCCUUCAGAGGGCGCGAUGACAUCAGACGCUCUCUUCAUAUAUGAUUGGCUGAAGAGUCGCCUGAAUGAGCAACUUCCUGUUUACAUCUGGGGUCACUCUCUGGGGACGGGGGUGGCCACCAACCUGGUGCGGCGUCUGAGCGACCGAGGAAGUCCUCCAGACGCUCUGAUCUUAGAGUCUCCGUUCACCAACAUCAGAGAAGAAGCCAGGAGCCACCCCUUCUCCAUGGUGUACAGGUACCUGCCCGGCUUUGAUUGGUUCUUCCUGGACGCCAUCACAGCCAACAACAUCCGCUUUGCCAGUGAUGAGAACGUGAACCACAUCUCCUGCCCGGUGCUGAUCCUCCACGCCGAGGACGACGGCGUGGUUCCGUUCCAUCUCGGCAAAAAGCUCUACAGCUUGGCGUCGCAGUCGAAGAGCCUCAGCGGUCACAAGGUCCAGUUUGUUCCGUUUCCUUCGGCUCUCGCCUACAAACACAAGUUCAUCUACCGGAGCCCGGAGCUGCCCAACAUCCUGAGUGAUUUCCUCGGCACAGCUCAUCCCAUCUCGCCGUGACGACGCCGCUUCCUGUCCGAGCACCACAAACAAACACUGGUUUGUCUCUUCAGACCCAAAGUUCUCGCAUGAACUCGACACCGACACGUCAUUCCCUUGUGUUCUGUUAGCAUUCCUCUCACUGGCUUCACGGCACACAGGGUUGCCAUGGCGAUGGUUGCCGUGUUUUACGUACUGUAGAGCGACGAGGACGACGGCGAUGGAACCGACCGGAGACGUGAAGAAUCAUUUUUAUCUUUUACUGGGUUUGGUCUUGUUUUCUCUCAUCUGUUGGUCUGUUCGCUCUGCUCCGAUCGGGUCGAGUCCUCGAGUCCGAGUUGUUUGAAUGAACCUUGGAAGGCCUGUUAUGACUUGAAUUAUCAAUUAAAUAUUUCUCGUUUUAA